AUUAAAAAAAAAAAAGUGUUUGUAAAAAACAAUAAAUAUUAAAAUAAAUAAAGCCCCAAAAGAAGAUAGACUGAUAGAGUAAUCCUUUGGACGACCUCUCUUCUUCUUCUUCUUCUUCUUCAAUUCUCUCUCUGUUUUUUUUUUUCUUUAGCAUUUGAUGACUGUGGUCCUCAAACAAGAUCCACCACCAUUCAUUCCUCUGUUUUCUCCUCCAUUAUUAUCUCUCUGUACACUCCUCUGUUUCUUCCUUCUGAGACCAAGCAAUGAGUAAAGAAGAGUUCUUAAAGAUCCAGAAAUGUGUUCUUAAAGUGAACAUACACUGUGAUGGGUGUAAGCAGAAAGUUAAGAAAAUCUUGCAGAAAAUCGAUGGGGUUUUCACUACGGAAAUAGAUGCAGAGCUAGGGAAGGUAACAGUUUCUGGAAAUGUAGACGCUGCUACUUUAAUUAAAAAGCUCUCGAAAUCAGGAAAAUAUGCUGAGCUUUGGGGAGCUCCGAAGGUUAAUCCAAAUAAUAACAAUGGCGGCCAUCAGAACCAUCUUGUCAAUCAGAUGAAGAAUUUGCAGAUUGAUAAUGGUAAAAAUGGGGGUAAUAAUAAUAAACAGGGGCCUCCAAAGGGUGGGAACAAUCAGCCGAAAUUGGGCGGCGGAGGCGGUGGUGGUGGUGGUGGGGGUGGGCCACCGCAGAUUCUGCCGCAGCAGCUUCAACAGCUGCAGCAAUUACAGCAACAAAUGAAUGGGUUUCCGUUUCAAGAUCCGAAAAUGUUACCACCGCAGUUGAAGGGUAUGAAAAUGCCACCGUUUAAAGAUCCGAUUCCGGCGAAUCAGAAGGCAGUGAAGUUCGAUUUGCCGGAGGAUGGUGAUCUGACCGAUGAUGAUGAUUUUUAUGAAGAUGAUGAUGAUGAUGAAUUUGAUGAAGAUGAUGAUCUCGAAGAUGACUUGGAUGAUAUUCCUCUUCCUCCGAAUAAAAUGAAGACGUUUGUGGGUGGUACCGGCGCAGGCGCCGUUGCUGGAGGCGGAGGUCAGAUGCCGAACUUGAUGGUGUUGAAUGGGAUGAAUGGGAAUAUGAAUAUGCAGCAACUGAUUAAUGCUCAGAAGGCUGCUGCUAAUGGAGCUGAUAAGAAGGGCGGUGGAGUUGGCGGUGGCGGUGGCGGUGGCGGUGGCGGAGCUAUGCCAAUGCCCAUAUCAAUUAAUGGAAUGGGUGGUGGAAACAAUGACGGCAAAGGCGGUAAUGGAGGGAAGAAAGGCGGUCCCGGCGGCGGUGGUGGUGGCGCUGGCGGGGGCGGUGGGAAUCACAAUCUUGGCGGUGGUGGCAAAAAUGUCGGCAAGAACGGUAAUAAUAAUGGUGGAGUUCAAAAGAACGGCGGUAUUAACGGCGGUGGGGUGGUCCAAUUAAUAAUGGCAACGGCGGGAAGAAGCCCGGUGGCGAAAUGCCUCACGUAAUGAACGGGUGGUCCCCACGGUUUUCCGAGCAUUGGUGGCCAUCCCGGAUUGCCGGCAGGAGGAUUAGCUGCCGGCGGUGCUGGUGGUGGCGGCGGAGGCGGGCGGCCAAUGAACCUGAACAUGCCGAUGGCACAAAUGGGGAACAUGCAAAUGAGUCAAAUGGGAUCCAUUCCAGCCGUCCAAGGUCUCCCGGCGCCCGCCAUGAACGGCGGUGGACCCGGCAGCGCGUAUUUUCAAGGAGCUCCCGGACCAGCGGAGGCAAUGGGCGGCAACCCAUACCAACAGCAACAACAAUACAUGGCAGCAAUGAAUCACCAACGCGCCGCCAUGGCAAACCAAGCAAUGAUGUACGCGCGGCCACCACCAGCCGUGAACUACCUGCCGCCGUAUCCGUAUCCAUAUCCUCCGCCGCCACCUGCCGGCGAUAAUUACACCCACUUUUUCAGCGAUGAAAACACUUCAAGUUGCAAUGUAAUGUGAAAAAAGAAAAAAAAAAAGGAACAAAAGAAAAAAAAAGAAUCCAACCAGAAUUUGAAAAUGAUCUUAGACACCAUAAUUAAUUAGAGCUCUAUUAUUAUGGUGAUUAAAUUCUGGUUUUCAUGACAGAUUAAAAAUGUUCAGUUUAUAGUUUUUUUUAUUCAGGAGAGUUUAAAAAAAAAAAGAAAAAAAAAAAAGAAAGGCCCCAUCCCCCCAAAAGGAAAAAAAAAAAAUUAGAAGUUUGAUGAUGCUCUUAUCAUAUAUAUACUUUGGGAAUGUUUUUCUUUUCUUUUCAGUAAAAAUCUCUCCAUUUAAUUCUCUUUAUCUUUUUGCUCAAGUGUAUGGUAUUUGUAAUUUGGUAGAGGCUGGUUUUACAAUUCAAUUAAAAGUGCCCUCAUAAAAUGGGUAUAUGGUGUGUUCCAAA